CAUAAUGUAACAAUAUGAACAAAACUGAUGGAUAUCAGCAACAACAUGAGAACAAGAAUAUUACAUGUGUGUGUGUGUGUGUGUGUGUGUGUGUGUGUGUGUGUGUGUGUGUGUGUGUGUGUGUGUGUGUGUGUGUGUGUGUAUCUGCUCCGCUGCUGCCUGUCGGACUCCUUCUCCCCGCUCUCUCUCUCUGAAGGACGAUGUCCCCGUCCCGGACCGUCUCUGCGUCUCCUCGCCGUCUCUCCCGGACGUGAAGGCGCCAUGGCCGAGGCCGAGUACUCCGACCUGAUCGCCAAACACUACAACUACACGGGGAAGUACCGCCAGCCGGCCGCGGCGGCCGCAGGGCUGAAGGCCGACUCCGUGGUCUUCAUCAUCGUGUGUGUCUUCAUCGUUCUGGAGAACGUGCUCGUGCUCGCCACUAUCUGGCGAACCAAGAAGUUCCACAAACCCAUGUACUACUUCAUCGGGAAUCUGGCGCUGUCCGACCUGCUAGCGGGCGGCGUGUACACGGCCAACAUCCUGCUGUCGGGCGCCAACACCUACCGCCUCACGCCCACGCAGUGGUUCUUCCGCGAGGGCAGCAUGUUCGUGGCGCUGGCGGCGUCUGUGUUCAGCCUGCUGGCCAUCGCCAUCGAGCGCCACCUGACCAUGCUGCAGAUGAAGCUGCACAACGGCGGCAGCGCAGCACGGGUGUUCCUGCUGAUCAGCGGCGUUUGGAUGGUGGCGGCCGUGCUGGGCGGGUUGCCUGGCGCCGGUUGGAACUGCAUCCGUAGCGUGACGAGCUGCUCGACCGUGCUGCCGCUCUACCACAAGACCUACAUCCUGUUCUGCACCACCGUGUUCAGCGUCAUCCUCGCCGCCAUUGUGGUGCUCUACGCACGCAUCUACGCACUGGUCCGCACGCGCAGCCGCACGCUCGUCUUCCGCAAGGUGUCCAACGGGCGCGGUGCUGCGGCCGGCGGCAGCAGUGGCGUCCGGAGCUCGGAGAAGUCUCUGGCACUGCUGAAGACGGUGAUCAUCGUGCUGAGCUGCUUCAUCGCCUGCUGGGCGCCGCUCUUCGUGCUGCUGCUGCUGGACGCCGCCUGCGAGACGCUGCACUGCCCGAUCCUCUACAAGGCAGAGUGGUUCCUGGCGCUCGCCGUGCUCAACUCCGCCAUGAACCCGCUCAUCUACACGCUGACCAGCAAAGAGAUGCGCGGCGCCUUCCUCAAGACGCUGCUGUGCUGCACCGCGCGCCUCAGGCCCGGCGCCAAGCUCGGCGCCUCCACAGCCGCGCCCGUCGAGUUCAGCCGCAGCAAGUCCGAUAACUCCUCCCACCCUCACCGGGACGCCGAGGAGUCGCCCCGGGAGACGACCACGACAACAGGGAACGUCUAAGGCGUUUAAAGUGGUAGCGCGUCAGAAAGGCUGUUCUCAUGGAGCGUUCAUACUAAACACAACGUUACGUAUUCUACGUAGUUAUUACUGUCGCUGUUCAUGUCUCUGUGUUUGGUGUUUUAAGCCCCCAGCGUCGCCUUCCAGGCAGCGCUGCCUGGAAGGCACUAAGAUUAGGCAAUGGUUAGGGUUAGGGGGUUAGGGUAGUACGGUUAGGGGGUUAGGGUUAGGGGACGUUAGGGACACACACACACAUAACUCUUUUCCCCAAAAAACAUCGCCCCGAUGCCCUGGGAG